GUAACUAGCUUGCUUGCAGGUGUACGUGCCAGUGUCCCCACACGAUCACUUGGCGUGUGCGCGCCUAAGCUGAAACGCUUGAGUAAGCCACCUCUACCUGUCUAUAUAUGUGGAGGCGGCUUCAGCCUAGAAUAUUACCGCCACAAAGUGGCUACUAAGCGCCUGUGCUCACUCACGUAGGUCGGGAGCGAUGGUGGCGGGUUUUGUGGGCGGCCCGGGGUUUUGAUCUACGUAAAAGCGAAGGAAGCAAUACGUGCUCUAGGGAAUAUGGGUAUAAAAGUGCUCUUAGGUACAAUAAUCAAGGUGCAAGCUACCUAUUACUCAGUCGCGUGCAUCCCACUUUGCAUUCUUGAGUUCUCGAUGCUCAAAUUUGUCAACAUGAAGUUGGUUACCCACGACAACAACAUCCUCUCCUCUCUCUUCUUCCUCCUUAUCAGUAUCGAUUCAGCUUUCGCCCUCAUAACCGAUAUCCAAGUGCCUACGAACAUCCUCCGGCCAUGCACCCCGGCCACAAGUUCACCGUGACAUUCUUCACCGAGAUCGGCCUCCUCCAAAGUACUCAGUACUACGUUAUUUUCGGAUUACAUCCCGGAACGACAACCCCACCACCACCAGUUUUUGGCUCAAAAUGUGGGUGAUUUGGUCGAGGGGGAUGGACAUUCCGUCUAUUAAACUAGUGAAAAGGGGUGUUAGUAAUUGAGAAUGCCAGCCGCAAAUAUAUAUAUA